CGUUAACACGACCCAAAAGAAUUCCCGCUUCCCGCUCUUUCCCGUUCCCCCCGUCUCCGGCCUCCCAUUCUCAAGUCUCCACCAUCCGACAUCCGCCUACCUGCUAUUCUAACCUUCUCGAGCCUUCCAGAACCUCCUCGGGGACUUGCGCCCGAGAUCUCCACCAUGGCCUCCUCCCCACCCUCCUCCGGCGUCCUGCCGCCCUCGUAUCCGCUGCGCCUCCGGGAACCCCCGCUCACGCUCCGUAACCCUAGGUCCAUCCUCCCCGUGGCCGACUUGGCGGCGCUGCUCCUUCGCGCCGCUUACGAUGGCGACGUUCCCCAAUUAAAGACGCUGGUGAAGCGGCUGAGGAAGGCAGGGAAGAGCGUGGAUGAGGCGAUGACGGAAAUCAGGGCCUCGUGGUACAAGGGUCAAGGACCGCUGCACAUGGCAGCAUUGUCAGGGAAGACGGCUGUGUGCAAAUUGCUCAUUAAGGAUCUCAAGCUCGAUGUCGACGCGGCUGUCUACGAUGGUGUGACACCUCUCAGUCUUGCAAUACUUGGUACUGCAUCUGCAGCCGUUACAAGGCUGCUUCUUGAUCAUCAUGCUGAUCCGAACAAAGCAGCCUUUGAUGGGUGUACACCGCUCCAUCUAGCAGCAACUCGAGAUGCCUACGAAAUUGCAGAGUUACUAUUGUCUAGACGAGCUUAUGUUGACCCUGUAUCAGAAUGUGGAACUCCACUGUACAUUGCUGCCAAGAAUGGAAGUGCUAAAAUGCUGAAGUUAUUGUUGCGGCAUCAGGCAGAUCCCAAUAGAAUAGUGUGCACACCUCUGAAAGCAAUCUCUGCAUGUUCAUUGGAAGGCAUGGAACUACCUACUAAGGCUCAUGCUGAUGUCAAUGCUGGUACUGUAACCCCACUAAUAGCAGCUGCAUAUGCUGGCUCAACUGAUUGCAUCAAAUGUUUGUUGAAAGCUGGUGCUGAUGCGAAUAUACCUGAUCAGAAUGGUAGAGUGCCAAUAGAAUUUGCUGCAACCCAAAGAUGGAAGGAAUGUGUUGAUGUUCUUUUCCCUGUCACAACCCCUUUGGCUAAGGUUGCUGAUUGGAGCACUACUGGAAUAAUUGAACACUCAAAACUUAUGAGUUCAAAACCACAGGAUGAAAAUGAUGGAUCUGAUUUUGAAGCACAAGGGGAUGCCGCAAUUGGUAAAAGUGAUUAUGCUCAUGCAUUGACUCUUUAUACGAUGGCCGUGGAGAUCAACCCAGAUGAUUCAAGCUUGUAUGCAAAGAGGAGUCUUUGUUCGCUUCAUGCAGGUGAUAAAAGCAAGGCUUUGGAUGAUGCUAAUAUCUACAAAGAUAUGCAGCCAGAAUUAUCAAAAUCGCGCUCUGAGCAAGCAGCAGCUCUGAUACUGGUGAAGGAGUAUGAUAGAGCAGUUGAAGUUCUCAUGACGGGUUUGAGCCUGGAUUUUGAAAGGAAACCAACUGACAAGGCAUUGAGGUAACCUCUGCUAUGGUUGGUUCAGUUCUUUUGGUUUGGAAGUGAGGACCAUCCCUGAAGAAAGUUGCUACAGAAAAAGGUAAAAAGAAAAUGCCCAAGGCAAGAUGAAAUUUGUUAGGCUAGAAGAAGAGAGUUUGCUAGCAGUUUAGACUACUGGCUACUGCACAGCAUGGGCAAGAUACUCAAAAGGCGGUGCCCUUUUUAUUUUGUUGGAUCCUGCAUCUUAUCUCGAACCUGCCAAUGUUGUGACGGUAGUAGAAGCUGCACGGUAUGCGUGAUAUACCUAGGGAUGGGCAUGAAUUAAUCCAUCGAUCCUCUGGUGCAACUUAGUUAUCUUUUUUUUUUUACUAACUCGGAAGUUGAACCAGAGUGGAUCCAGAGGUAUCCAUCAAUAUAAUGUGCUCGUCUCCGUCCAUCCAUUUUGGUAUGAUCAAACAGCGCUGCUCGGCUGAAGAUCUUUAAUAAACGCAAAAAAAAAGUGAUUAUUAA